AUGUGGCUGCUAGGGACUGCCCGCGCCAACCUCGUUUUCUUCCCUCGUCCUGAGGAUGUUCCGAAGCCCGGAUACGCCAUCUUGUCGCACACUUGGGGCCCCAAAGAAGACACCUUCCAGCAGUUUAUCCCGCCAGUUACCAUCCUCUCCUCACCCCCAUGGUUCAACCCUCGCGACAAACUAUCCCAUAAAGUUCGCGCGUUUCUCGAAGAGGCGGAGAAGUUUGGGUACAAGUUCGCCUGGGUGGACACCUGCUGCAUCGACAAGACGAGCAGUGCCGAACUGUCUGAGGCCAUCAACUCAAUGUUCCAAUACUACUUCCAUUCCUCCAUUUGCUGCGUCUAUCUCAGUGAUGUCUCACGCUACUACGGCGGAGUGGAUUUUCAAAGGAGCAAAUGGCAUCGUCGUGGAUGGACACUUCAGGAGCUUCUCGCGUCACCUGUGGUGUUCUUUUUCUCUGAGCAGUGGGAAAUUAUCGGCACCAAGAGCGAGCUUGCUAAAGUCUUGCAAGAAGCAACCGGGGUUCCGGUCGCCGUUCUACGCUUCGAGACUGACAUCCAACACAUGUCCAUCGCCGAGCGGUUGUCUUGGGCGUCGGGAAGGGAGACAACCAGGCCCGAAGACAUCGCGUACUGUCUGUUCGGGAUUUUUGGGAUAAGCAUGCCGACCCUCUACGGUGAGGGCGGUGAGAAGGCGUUCUAUCGGUUUCUGGAAGAAAUCAUGAAGACGUCCCACGAUGCCUCCGUCUUU